AUGGAUGGUCAAAAUUUAGAACAAAUCAAAGAUUCAUCAUUAGACUAUACAUUCCCAGCCUUUGGUCUAAUUUAUUUCCCAGAUAUACUUCAAGGUAUGAAAGAGAUGUUUCGUGUUUUAAAACCGGGUGGUAAAACGGGUAUUGCUUCAUGGUGUACAGAUGCAUUUUUACCAGCUGCAUUCCAACAAACAAUGAAUGCACUUUUUGGCAAUAGUGUUUCAAAUCGAACAGUUCUUUUGAUAAAUUAA